CUUCAUCCUGAUGCCAAACGCUGCACAUACUGUGUGGACUUUGGCCACGCAUCUGUGGGAUUUUUAAAUGUGUAUGGUCAUAUUUUCCCCGAUUUUUGCCAUUUGUGCGUUUGCAACAUGCGGAGGCUACUUUGGGCACCUCCAGGUUAAAGUGGACUGUGCAGCCAGUUGGCCGAAUAACAAGAGCAUCAUCAUUGAUUUUGGUUAUCCCUUCAGGUUGGAACAAGUGCACUUCAAGGCCCCCUUAUGUGACACAAAGAGACAAGAGAUUCUCUUCCUGAAUGGCGACUAUUCCUCAGCUGCUCAGUUUUUUGUCACAGUGGGCGUGAUCACGUUUCUCUACUCCCUUUUGGCGACCGUGGUCUACGUCUUCUACCAGAACAAGUAUUUGAAGAACAACAGAGGCCCAUGUGUGGACUUUGUAGUGACGGUGACUUUCUCCCUGGUGUGGCUGGUCAGCACUUGCUUUUGGGCUAAAGCUUUGACUGACAUCAAGACAGCCACAGAGCCAACCGAGGUGCUGCUGCUCAUCUCUGCCUGCUCGGCACAGGAGAACAAAUGCACAGUUGCCCAGGAGCCUUUCUGGUCCCGUCUCAACGCGUCUGUGGUUUUUGGUUUCGUCAAUGUCGUCCUGUGGGGAGGAAACAUUUGGUUUGUCUUCAAAGAGACGGGCUGGUACAAGAUGGGCCAGCGUUACCCCACCAGGAGCUCCUCUGGCAAACGGGAAAUGCGGCAGCGGCUCUACAGCGAAAGCAGCUUUGAGCAGAGUUUUGACGACAGUUUCAGUGCACAGCUCUCCAGGCAAAACAGCUUCAAUCAGUCCAAGGGCCAACAGAUGUACCGACAAGGCAGUUUCCACCAAUCACAAGCGAGCUAUGGCCUCCCGCAGACGUACCUUGGCCAGCCGGCCAACAAAGGGAGCUCCAAGGUCCCCGUGAUAAUCGUUAAUGACAAGUGAUUUGACGUGGUACGCUAUUUAUUAUGUCACUGGAUAAUUGGUGUUAAAGUACUUGAGUUAUCUUUGACAAAUUCUUUGAAUGUCUCUCCUGGGUGGUGUUGUUUUAUAGAUAACAUUUUUGUAGAAGACUUCUCUUAGCAGGACUAAAUCAAGGCUGCAGACCACAGCUGUCAGGUGAUAGAAGUCUUUGAUUUUUUUGCUCUUUCGUGCAAUGUCCAUUUUCUUGUGCUCCGUCUGGCUCGUCUCUCCGUCAGCCCCCCCCCCUUGGUCUCCGACGCUGCCAAUAAAGAGACAGGUGAUUAGAUAACUCGUUCCAGCUGAGAAAUCUCCUCACCUGUCCGUUGCUUCACAGCCGGCUUUUGCUCAUGCCCUGCCCACAGGGGACGCGUGGACCACGCCCCUCCCACAAUUUUAUAAGUAGAACAUGUAAUUCCGGUAGAAAUUGUGUGGAGAUACCACCUGACAUAAAAGCAGAUAGCACGCUAGCCAGACAAAAUAUUUGACUAGUAACAAAAUAUUUGUAAACCCGCCAAACUAGCUGAAAUGCUGGCAUCCUAUUGCAUACUUGCCAACCCUCCAGAUUUUCCCGGGAGACUCCCGAAUUUUAGUGCCCCUCCCAAAAAAUCCCCCGGGGCAACCAUUCCCCCGAUUUCCACCCGGAAAACAAUAUUGGGGGCGUGCCUUAAAGCCACGGCCUUUAGUGUCCUCAAUCACCUGAAAAGGAGACUAUUAUAUAUAUAUAUGUCUCCGUUAUCCAUAGGUUUAUCUAUAACCCAUAAAGUAGGGAGGCACGGAGCUAUUUCUCAGCGUGUGUUUAUUCCAGCCGGCACGUUAAUACACUGACACACAACAUCCAGAUUCCCAUCAUGCAUUGCUUCAAAACAACGGCAAGUAGUAAUGUCCAAAACCAUAACAGAGACAAAGCAGAAGAACGAAGAAGUGACUUGGCGACGAAGAGUAAGAAGAAAAAGUACGCUUGCGAGUUCCAAAAUGAUUGGAAAAAAUAAUUUCAGUUCAUCCAGGACAGCUCGAAGGGGAAGGGGUAGGCUACCUGCAAAUUUUGUAGAUCAGACUUCUCCAUUGAACACGUUGGCCGAACGGAUAUUCUCA